CAGAAGGAUUAUUAAGCGCAAAAAACGAUUGUGUUAUGACCGAGUGAAAUUUGAAUUAUGGAUUAUUCGGAAAUGUUUACCAUUUCUCCCCUACUGUUAUAUACAAAUCUGCAUGCUCAGCUCAUAUAUUUAUAUGCGGAACAUGCAGGAAUGUAAUAGUGGUUAUUAUACAAGGGGGAAACAGGCCGUUAAGAGACUGUUUAAUGUAACCGCUUGAGGGAGAAUUGAGAGAAGAAAGCCAAAUGCCACUGAAGUAAAAGGGGUGGAAAGCAUGUGGGUCUAAACAGGGAAGUGGCAAUCAUUUGCUACAGAUUAAUGUUUACACCUUUGGUGCUUUAUUGAAACUAUGGAGCACGGGAGGCCAUGGGGGAUUAGUGGGACGCAUGGGUGGAAUACCUGGAAAUGCUUUUUCCAUCGUUUUUCAAGUAUCCCCUCUUGUUCAUUGCAAAGCGAUAAGGACAUAGAUGCAGGAGGCAGAGGAACAGACCUCUCAUCCUAGGUAAAGCAGAAGAUCAGUUGCUCCAUCCUGAACUAGGUUCUGGGGGUUGGGGUGGUGAGGGCAAGGGGACAAGUAACACUACAGACUUUUCACAGGGCACCAGGACAAGACCCUCCCCAGCUUUCUUUGACUUUCUGAGGUAUAUGCUACUGAGAUUGUGCAUGUACAUUUUGUCUACAUUUCUGUGUGUCCAUAUAGAAGAUCGAUCAGAGCUAAAAGAGAGGAAGCGUGAAUUUCUAAGAAAGGCUAUGUGAUGGGGGCAAAAGUAUAAAGAAUAAAAAGCUGUGAGAUGUGGCACCCCCAGGCAAUUUCAAUGUCUGUUAUGCCGGCUUGAAGAUGGCGCAUGAUGGACGUGAGGUUGCAAGGAGGUUCCAGCUUUGGAUGACAGAAGACUGAGCAACAGAAGAUUCACUGAUGGGGAAGGCGAGCCAAAUUGUGACCAUCUCUGCUCUGACAUGUCUGUCUCAGAUUCCUCAGGUGACGAUGCAGGAGAGCUGUUCAGGCACUGACCACUCUCCCCAAAGCUGCUCAAGCCAAAACUGGGUCCAUCUCUGGUACAUCUGGUACUGCUGCCUUCACUGCCACCCAGCCGGGGAAGAAGCCAACUCGCAGCCCUAUGAGGUCACAGUCAUCGCAUUUGAUCACGACAGCACCCUUCAAAGCACCAUCACUUCCUUCCAUUCGGUGUUUGGUCCAGCUGCAGGAAGAAUGCUUGCAGUAGCUCAUUCCCACAGCGUUCUCCCAGCGAUACAUUACCCUGCUGGAAUUGAGACACCCCCCAUUUACGAGGAGGCUGUGCACAUGAGUAGAUUCAGAGUGGCUAGAAGCGGAGAACCAGCCCCAGAGUCACAGCCAGAGGAGAAACAGUCGGUGAAUGCCGAGAAAGGACAACAAGCAGAUGAAGCCUGCUCCUGAGCCAGAUCAUCAUCAAGUACUGCCAAGACUACUUCAAAUUAUGUUCCUUUGGUAGCUGUAGUGUUUUCUAAUGCUACAAUUCUCAAAUUCCCCAGGGAGGCUUGGGAAACCCAGCCAGAUGGGCAGGAUA